AUGAGGGCCGAGGAAACAGUGAAUGAAUAUUUUGAUCGAACUCUUGCCAUUGCUAAUAAGUUAAAAGCAAAUGGGGAGGACAAAGGAGAUAUAGGGGUUGUGGAGAAGAUCUUUAAAUCCAUGACUUCCAAGUUUAAUUAUGUCGUUUGUUCCAUUGAGAAGUCCAAGGAUAUGAGCACAUUGACCAUUGAUGAACUGCAAAGAAGUCUGCUUGUGCAUGAACAACAAAUGAGCCCUUUAAUUGAGGAUGAACAUGCCUUAAAGAUUUCCCAUGGAGAACUUUCUGGUGGAACGGGUCGAGGCUUUGGAAGAGGAGGUCGUGGAAGAGAAGAGGCAGAUUUGACAAAGCUAUAG